AUGUUGUGUACGAACAUUAGUUCUUAUCUAAAUGAAAAUCGAUGUUUAUUGGGUUAUUGUAGUUGUCCUAAGGAAUAUUAUUUUAAUAAAGAUAAUGAUAUUCAUUAUAAUGCAAUAACUCUUCCAAUGAUUGGAGCAAUUCUUUAUGAUCUUCGAUCUUUACGUUAUGUUUAUUGUUUUAUUUUAAUUUUAUUAGCUUUAAUUGGUAUAAUAAAUAAUAUAUUUUCUUUAAUGACAUUUAUUCGAAAACGUAUUCGUCACACAAUUUGUGGUAUUUAUUUAAUUAAUUAUUCAAUAUGUAGUUUAGUAUUAAUGAUAUUAAUUUUAACAAAUAUAAUAACUGCUAUUUACUAUGAUAAAUAUUUAUUUCGUUUAUGGUCUUGUUAUGGUUAUCCAUAUAUAUCUCUUAUUAUGGUUUAUACAAGUAUAUUAAUAAGUAGUGUAAUUGCAAUAGAAGGUGUAUUUUAUACAUGUUUUAAUUUUGAUCAAUUUAGUCGACUUAAACGACCUUUAAUUAUUUCAUUUCUUUCUCUUCUUAUUGUCUCGAUAUCAAAUCUUGAUAAAAUAUUUGGACGAAGUUUAUUAAUUGAUCAAUCUGGUAAUUUUUAUUGUACAUAUAAAAAAUAUUCAUUUAAAUAUUGGUCAAUAAUUUUAUAUUAUAUUUAUAUAAUUAUUCCAUGUUUAAUUCAUAUGAUAUGUAUUAUAUGUGUUCUUUUAUUAUUAAUAAAAGAAAAUUGUUUUCGAAAAAUAAUUAUUCAUCAAACUAAUUUUAUUCCAUCAUUAUUUAUUAUUUUUUGUGUGAUUUCAAAUUGUUUAUAUCUCAAUUUAUUUAAUUUUUGUUUAACAUAUCCAUCAAAUAAUAUAAAUCGUUUACAUAUUAUAUUUAUUUUUCUUCUUUAUACUCCACAAAUAUUUACAUACAUAAUUUAUGUUAUACCGAAUGAUUUUUAUAUUAAAGAAGUUUUUCAAAUAUGGUUUUAUAGAAAACUAUGUUGUUGUUUUAAUAAUAAAAAACGGUUUGUGCAAGAAAUUGAAGUCGUACAAACAUUAUGGAGAAGACCAACAUCAUGUAGACCUUUUAGACCAGUAUCAAGUAUUGAUGACAUGUGUAUCAUCACGGAAAUUCCUAAAACGAAUUAA